CCACCCAAUCUAUCCCCAUCCCAAUUCAACUGCCCAGCAGCCCAGCAGCCCAGCAGCCCAGCACCAGCAAGCAAGCACUCACUCACUGCACUCUGCACUGCACUGCACUGCACUCCACUCCACUCACUGCAACUGCAUUGAUCCAUUCCGACCAUUCCAGUGCACUCGUCCCUCCCUCUGCCUCCCUCUGCCUCCCUCUGCCUCCCUCUGCCUCCCUCUGCACUCUCUCUGCUGCAGGUGCCUCCUCACCUCCCGAAAAAGCCUACUAACCAAAACCGCCCUAAGCUAAACCUGCCUACCCUACCCGGCCGCCCAAUCUCUGAGCUUCGCGUCGCUUCCGCUUCCUCAACUUCAGUCGUCUCGUCCCUCAAUUGACGCAAGCAAGCAUCGAGAUCCAAACCUCCUCAUCGCUGCGAGCCUCAAUUCCACCCCCUCCCCCCCAGAAAACACACACCCCCCCUUCAGCUCCCUGGAGCUUCAUCACAAGAUACCCCGUCGUGUCGCUGCUUCGGCGAUCGUUGACUGCUGGCCCUUCAACUCUGCCCACCCGCGGUUUCGAGAGUCCCUCCCUCGGCAAGCCAAUCCUCCGUUUGGCGCAACCCCUUACCACCUACCUAGCCUCAUCCUCAUUCCAAUUUCUAACUUCCGUCGACGGACUUCUCCUCCCACCGACAACCACCACGACAACACCAACAUACCUUCCGAGUCGGUCCUCACCACCUCGCCAUCAUGUCCAUGUCGGAAGUUACCCCGGAGGCGAUGCAACAGCGCAUCCAGCAGGCGCGGCGAGAAGCAGAGUCGUUGAAGGACAGAAUCAAGCGAAAGAAGGAUGAUCUGGCUGAUGGCACGCGUAAGUGACAACUCAUCCUCCAUAGAUCCAAUUCAAUGGCUUCAUCUCACGAUGACAACGGGCGUGUCGCUAUGGUGGGCUAAUCAUCUAUCUGCAGUUUCGAAUAUCGCCAAGAGUCAACAGGAGGCCUUGCCCCGAAAUCAAAUGAUGAGAACGAAGAAGACGUUGAAGGGUCAUCUUGCCAAAAUUUACGCCAUGCACUGGUCGACUGAUCGAAGACAUCUCGUAUCCGCCUCGCAAGAUGGAAAGCUAAUCAUUUGGGAUGCCUACACAACGAACAAAGUCCACGCCAUUCCUCUGCGAUCAUCGUGGGUCAUGACAUGUGCCUAUGCUCCAAGUGGUAACUAUGUGGCAUGCGGUGGUCUCGAUAACAUUUGUUCGAUCUACAAUUUAAAUCAAGCGCGCGAUGGACCACAAAAGGUUGCUCGAGAAUUGUCCGGUCACUCGGGUUAUCUAUCCUGCUGCCGCUUUGUCAACGACCGAUCCAUUCUCACAUCCUCCGGCGACAUGACUUGUAUGAAAUGGGAUAUUGAAUCUGGGCAAAAGGUCACCGAAUUCGCCGACCACCUGGGUGACGUGAUGAGCAUCAGCAUAAACCCUACCAACCAAAACACAUUUGUUUCCGGUGCUUGUGAUGCAUUCGCAAAGUUGUGGGAUAUCCGAGCUGGCAAGGCGGUUCAGACAUUUGCUGGCCACGAGUCCGAUAUUAACGCGAUUCACUUCUUUCCAGAUGGUCACUCGUUUGUCACUGGUUCUGACGAUGCUACAUGUCGCUUAUUUGAUAUUCGAGCUGACCGGGAACUGAACCAAUAUGGAGUAAGUAGCAUAUGUAUGAAAUCUCAACGUGAACUAAUCAUCUUGCAGAAUGAAUCAAUCCUUUGCGGUAUUACCUCUGUUGCGACAUCCGUCUCAGGCAGACUCCUCUUUGCUGGAUACGACGAUUUUGAAUGCAAGGUCUGGGACAUUACGAGAGGAGAGAAGGUUGGAUCUUUAGUGGGCCACGAUAACCGCGUCAGCUGUUUGGGUGUCAGUAAUGAUGGCAUGAGUUUGUGCACUGGAUCUUGGGAUUCAUUGGUAAGUUCACCGACUUUUCCAACCAAUUUUUUUCUUCUUCCACUAACCCCCCACACUAGCUCAAAAUCUGGGCAAUGUAAUACCAUCAUCUUUCAUGUAUAUCAGCGAAUUCAAUCGGCGUUCUUUCCUCUUGUUGUGCAGAGCAACCUUUAAGCUUGGAAAAGCUUCCCCGAUUCGACCCUCAUCCACGGAUGCCCUUUAAUCAUCUAUACCAGAUACGACCUUUAAUCUCUGCGGCUUGGCGUAGACUGGACGACCUUACGAAGACCCACUCGAAGCUCAGAGAGACAGUUUUUCAAUACUGAGCUGUUGAUCUGACCGGACUGUGAGGAUCUCGACAGCUGGUUGCGACAUCUGAUUCUUUGAUCCAUAAUUCCUCUUUCCAUUAUUCUUGUUUGUAUUGGGCGGGUCGAUUGCAUUGCCUCGCGUCCCUUUUCUCGGUGUGUCUUUGCGAUGAUAUCCUACCGAGACAACUAGGCCCAGACACUUUUUCAGCCUUUGCACAACUGUUUAUUUUUUCCCCGCCUCUUUCGACAUAACAUUGCUUUUUCUGUUUCUUUUUUUUUUUGUUUCCUUGUUCAUUGCACACAAAAAGCUCUCGCAGCAGCUGUCUCGGUGGGGUGGUCUGUAGCGAGUCAUGGUCCACUUUUUUUUCCAAGUCGAAAUGUUUGUGAUAGUGGGUGGGUAAAUGCGAGAGAGGACCAAGGUUUACACGUUGCCGCGUUUGGAAGACAAAUAGGUCUGGGAGGGGGUGUGUACUGAAUGAUGGUUUAUUUUUUCUGCGAGGAGACAUGAUGGGAAAGUGAUGGAUCGUGGUAGUCAAAUGAAGCUAUUGUGGAAAAAGAGAAGUUUUACUGUGGUUAAGCUUUGUGUUUCUUUUUUGUUGCCGACUACUCAUCCUUCGUCAAUCACUGAAGUACGGUCAAGAAUUCAAGGUUGGCGUUGGUUUGGGGAGUUUUUUUUUUGCAAAUGCUUGUACGAUAGGACUAAAUGCAGCAAACUUCAUAGAUAUUAUACAUUGUUUUUCCCAGG